AUGCUAGAGCUUUUAUUGAGAAGAGGGCUUUUUCAUAGGUCGUUACCUCUAGGAAGUGUGCGUUAUUUUCACUGUACAAAGUACUUUCACAAAGACAAUGCAUCAUCCACUACAGAUAUAUUUCGCAAUGCAAUGAAACGCAAACGUGAACUAGGGGGUCUUAGAGAGCAAAGUCAUUCGAAUGGUGCUAGGAAUGUCGCUUUUCCUAAAGAGUAUAUAAAGCGUCAAAAGCAACCGCCGAGGAAUGCUACCAAGAAGAAACGAAUCUUAAUCACUUGGGCUACCGGAACAGAUAGAGCAAAAGAGGCGGCAAAUUCAGUGGUAAGUGAAAUAUUCAAAAAAAAUUCCAAGGGAAACAUUAAAAUUGUUGAUCCCACUACCCACAGAAUCGAAACGUCUAAUAUUCGAUAUUUUGCCAAGGGCAUUGACCUUGAUAAAGUCGGUUUAAGUGUCGUCAACGUUGAACAAAUCGACGAUGAAAACCAAAUUCCCCUUGUAAAACUAGUUGAAAGUCGUGUGGCUUUAAAAAGGUAUUCCGACUUUUUAGCUAAAAGAAAAGAAAUGGAGCUAAUGAAACUCGGAGUGAUGAAUAGAUCUUUCAGGACAUUAGAAACCGAUAAAAAGGAAGAUAAUUUAAAGCAGAUAAAGGUAUCAUGGCAGAUUGAGAGUGACGAUUUACGAAGGCAGAAAGCUCAUGAAAUAGUAUCGUUAUUGAAGAAGGGAAGUAAGGUAACGCUAUAUCUUGAUGACAAGAAUAACAUAAAUUCAAAUAAUUGGCUUGAGGGUUUUGAAGAGCUGGACCGCGUUCAGGAAGAUGGCACAAAUAGGCUACCAAAAUCUGUAUUGCAAAAAAGGGCUGAUGUUUUGGAGACAUUGAAAGAGACGGUCAUUGAAUAUGCCAAUGAGCCUAUAAUAGUAGGCAGCAUCGCUACAAAAAUGAUAAUGAAACUAACACCAAAAGAUGUGAAGCCAUAUGACAACGAUAAAAGGGCAUUAAAGGAGUUGAGGAAGAAAGAGAGGCAGGAAAAAUUGCAAAAGAGAAUAGAGAAAAAGAAGCUAAAGGAUACGUAA